AUGGCAGGGCCAAAAUUCCCACGGCUACUCUUGUGGUACCUUCAGAUUCUCGUUUUCACUUUCCACACUGCUCAAGCCCUCCAUUUGUACGUGGAUUCAGGCACUCCCACAUGCUUCAUCCAGCAGUUGAAGAGCGACCAGCUCUUGAUUGGCAAGUACAAGAUCGAGAUCCGAGACCCCUACACUGCCUUGUUCUAUCCUCCCUCCGACCACGUUGGCGCCAUGAUCGACGUCUAUCUGGAGAACCAGAGGCUCGUGCACCAGCGUGGAAGCGCCAGUGGCCAGUUCAAGUUCCUUGCGGUUGAUUCAGGCCAGCACAGGGUGUGUUUGGUGCCCAAGACGUUCGAAACGCCCUCAGUUGUGGGACCUGACUUCACCAGGGCUCGGGUCACUGUGUUCAUCGACCCCGUGGACCACGAGUUGGAGGUUCCAGAUAACUCGCUUGUGGGGGAGGUGCGACGGUUGAAGAACAAGUUGGUGGGGAUUCAGCGGGAGCAUGAGGCCAUUCGGGAAAAGGAGGUGUGUUUUGGAGAGUUGUCAGAACGCACAGGGAACACGUUAGUGUACUGGAUGCGGGUCCAAGGUGUCGUCAGCGCAGUGGUCUGGGGGUACCAGAUGUUGACGAUGUGGAGAAUGAAGGUAAAGGUGGAGUAG